UCUAUUGAUUCUGCUGACACUAUGUGGGUGACUAACCUGGUAGCCAUGGUCUUAUUGGCCACUGCAGCCUCCGCUGCCACCGCCGCCUCAGCAGACAAGGUCCUGAGCAACCACGCCACCCUGCUGGCUGACAACAGCGCCAGCCUGGCCUUCAGCCUCUACCAGAACAUGGCCAAGGAAAAGGACCUGGAGAACAUCCUCAUCUCUCCCGUGGUGGUGGCCUCUUCCCUGGGCCUGGUGGCACUCGGGGGCAAGGCCUCCACCACCUCCCAGGUCAAGAUCGUGCUGAGCGCAGACAAAGUGAAGGACGAGCAGCUGCACGCCGGCUUGGCCGAGCUCCUGGAGGAGGUCAGCAACUCCAAGGCCCGUAACGUCACCUGGAAGAUCAACAACCGCCUAUACAGCCCCAGCUCAGUCAACGUUGCAGAAGCCUUUGUCAAGAGCAGCAAGAAGCACUACAAAUAUGACCACACUAAGAUAAACUUCAAGAACAAGAAGAGUGCUUUGAAGUCCAUCAACGAUUGGGCGGCCAAGUCCACCAAUGGCAAGCUGCCCGAGGUCACCAAGGAUGUGGAGAAGACCGAUGGGGCAAUGAUCAUCAACGCCAUGUUCUUCAAACGUGAGUUCUCUCUUACAAAGGACCAGAAUUUGAUAGAUGUACUCUUCUCUCUUUUGCUUAGUUUUUUCACUCAUUCAGAUAUUUACUAAUUUACAGUGUAAUUGUAUUUUACUUUAUAUCUGAACAGCCCAUUGGGAUGAACAGUUCCACCAUAAGAUGGUGGACAACCGUGGCUUCCUGGUGUCCCACUCUCACACUGUUGGUGUACCCAUGAUGCACCGCACAGGUCAGCCAACAUGGCCCUCAUUAUAAUAUCAUAAAGUACAUUUGAACUGAACUGGGGUGUUCUCAUUUCAAUGUGAAGGAAGAUGUACAGAAAUGCCCUAAAAGUGUCUCUGAGUCUGUAUUCAAACUGGCUGUAUCUGCAGGUCUCUAUGGCUUCCACGAGGACACAGUGAAUAAGCUGUUCAUCCUGAGCAUGCCCCUGGCCCAUAAAAAGUCCAGCCUGGUGUUCUUCAUGCCCUACCAAGUGGAGCCCCUGGAGAGACUGGAGAAGCUGCUGACCCGCAAGCAGCUGGACGACUGGAUGGGCAAGUUGAAGGAGACGGCUGUGGCUGUGUCUCUGCCCAAAGUCUGCAUGGAAGUCAGCCACAACAUCCAGGUACUGAAAAUACCUAGACAUGGCACAGGUCAUUGGUUAAAACAGAAUAUAUUAAUCAUUUUGUUAACAUUUUAUGAGCUACAAGUUUGAAUAACAAUAAUUCUGUUAACUGUUUAUGAGACACAAGUUUGAAUAACAUGUUAGUAUACAGUACACAUCACUGAUGCUCUUAGGUGGCUGAGAGUUCCUUCAAGCUUCAAACUUGUUUACAAUAAAGAUCACUCGCUUUCUCUCGCUCUCUCUCUCUCUCUCUCUCUCUCUCUCUCUUUCUCUCACUCUCACAGAAACACCUUGGGGAGCUGGGUCUGACUGAGGCUGUGGAUAAGACCAAGGCGGACCUGUCCAACAUCUCUGGGAAGAAGGACCUGUACCUGUCCAAUGUCUUCCAUGCCUCUGCCAUGGAGUGGGACACAGAUGGGAACCCCAUAGACACAAGCAUCUUCGGUACAGACAAGCUCAAGAACCCCAAGCUGUUCUACGCUGACCAUCCCUUCAUCUUCCUGGUGAAGGACACCAAGACCAACUCCAUCCUCUUCCUCGGCAGACUGGUGCGGCCUAAGGGCAAGAAGAUGAGAGAUGAAUUAUAA